AUAGGAGGGAACAAAAAUUUAUAUCAUGAAACUUUUCUUACGUUUAACGGCUAAACCCCCAUUUUUCCUAUUUCUCUGAUUUUCUCUAUUUAAACCCCUUAUUUUCAAGGCAUUCAAUUUCUGCUUUCCUUCUUUUAUUAUCUCUAAAUUCUCUCUCUUCUUCCUUGCUUUUUCAUUGCCGACAUUUCAGAUCUGAUUUUUGUUAAAAAUGGAAUUCGAAUUAGAGCACAGAAACCAGCCUGCCAAAUAUGACUGCCUUUUAUUUGAUCUUGAUGAUACCCUCUAUCCCCUAAGUUCUGGGAUUGCUGGUCAUUGUUCCAAAAAUAUCCAAGAUUACAUGAUGCAUCAGCUUGGAAUAGAAGAGAGUAAAGUUCCUGACAUGUGCUAUGUUCUGUACAAGUAUUAUGGAACUACAAUGGCUGGUCUUAGGGCAGUCGGAUAUAACUUUGACUAUGAUCACUACCACAGUUUGGUUCAUGGGAAGUUACCUUAUGAUCUGCUGAAACCUGAUCCAGUUUUGAGGAAUCUAUUACUCAGUCUCCCUAUUCGCAAACUGAUUCUCACUAAUUCUGAUGAGCGUCAUGCUGCGGAGGUUCUACGUAGGCUAGGUUUAGAGGAUUGUUUCGAAAAGAUUAUCUGUUUUGAGACACUUAAUCCUACUGACAAGGGUAAAGUGCCUGUGGCUUUAAGUGCAGUUGAAGAGAAUUCUCCUGUUGUUGGAGAUUCAGACUUGCAGAGUUCGGUAUCCAACCCUGAAAUUUUCGACAUCUUAGAAUAUCAGCCUAGUUCUGGUGUAACUCUUCCACCAACACCAGUUGUCUGUAAGCCCUUUGAAACAGCAUUUGAACAAUCCUUUAAGAUAGCAGAAAUUGACCCUCAAAGAACAUUGUUCUUUGAUGACAGUGUUCGCAAUAUUAGUGCUGGUAAAAAUUUGGGUCUUCAUACUGUUUUGGUUGGAAAAUCUGAAAAAUCUGUAGGAGCAGAUUAUGCCUUAGAAAGUAUACACAACAUCAAAGAGGCAUUCCCAGAGCUGUUAGUAGCUGAAGAUAGAUUGGAGAAUGUUAGUUACCCACAGAAGAUUGCUGUGGAGGCUUAAUUUAACUUUUAGAAUCAAAGAUAAACUAGAUUAUCUCCCUUCUUUCUGAUUUUACUAACUGCAAUGUCUUAUUGUAUAACUAAAAGAAUAUAAUUAUGCGGAGGUAGAGUAGCCUUUGAAUUUGGUGUCAAUAUAAACCUACUAUUGCCUUUUGGCUCAAUGUAUUACUUGUUAUUAGAAUGAAAGUUCUCUCAUAUUGUAUCUCA